AAGGCGUGAGCACACACACGUACCACCACAUACAAGUUCCAGCGAUCCAAGCCGCAGCCGCCGACUAACCGAGGCUCCUGUCGAGCCAGCCAGCCAUGUCUCGCAACUGGGGCCUCGCGGUGCCGUCCGUGGCGCUGCUGCUCCUGGUGCUCGCCGCCACGGCGGGGGCGGCGAUCAAGCCGUUGGAGGAGCAGCCGCAGGGCGGCAAGCGGGCGGACCACCUCACGGCGGGAGCGGCGAUCGAGCCAUUGGAGGCGCAGCCGCAGGACGGCAACAACCUCACGGCGGCCAAGGGCCUGCUGGGGGAGGAGCCCGCCGCGCGCCUGGCGUCCGUCCGGACCGAGGAGAAGAAGGACGUCGACGACGCGGUGACGAUGCCGAUGGAGGGGAUGAAGCCGGGCGGCGGCGUGGCGAUCCAGCAGGGCGGCGACCCGGGCACGGUGCCGUCGGCGUCGUCGGCGAGCCGCGAGCACGGCAAGGAGGAGAGCGGCGAGCGCGGCAAGGAGGAGAGCGGCGGGAGCAGCAGCACCAGCAAGGAGGGGGAGAAGUCGGCGGCCAAGAGCUGCCUGACCAAGGAGGAGUGCCACAAGAAGCGGCUGCUGUGCGGCAAGGGCUGCACCCUCUCCGCCCACGCCAAGUGCGCCGCCAAGUGCUCCAAGUCCUGCAUCGCCACCUGCUAGGCGCUCCCCGCGCGCCGCCGCCGCCGUCGACGGCCGGGUCCUUGAGUCCUACGGCGGCCGUCUUGAUCCUGAUCGAUUAGGUUGUUUUGGUGAAGGGAAUAAGGGAAGGGGCACGCUGCAGCUAGCUGCAUGUCUGCAUGCAUGUGUGGUGUAGCCUUGCCCCUCGAUCGUCUUCGUGUCGUCGCCGUUGGUCUAGUGUUUUGAUGUGUCCCCGUGUUUGUUCGUGCGUGUUUAGGACUACUACUGUUCGUUAU